AUGUCGCCCACUGGCAAGAGCACACUUACGGCCCUCAACCUCGAGCGCCUGGCAGACCUGAACAAGAGUCAAACGACUCUUGACCUCAAAGGCGAGGUGAUGGAGGGGAUAAGAGAGCUCCAAGAUGAGCUCGAGACCUCAGACAAGCAGAUUGCAGAAGUCGCACUGGAACACAUUCAUGCUAAUGAAAUCAUUCUCACGCAUACAGCCUCGACAACAGUACAAAAGUUCCUCCUGUAUGCUGCACGGAAACGAAAGUUCACAGUCGUACAUUGCGAGACCUACCCACACGACCACACUGCUACCCAUGGCAUCCUUCUCACAGGCAAGAAGCGUGAGUCGAACCCAGACGAGGGUGAAGAUGACGAGCGGUGGAAGCCUCUUACCGAAGCGGGCAUCCAAGUCUAUGUCAUUCCAGACUCGCAUGUCUUUGCCAUCAUGUCGCGCGUCAACAAGGUUAUCCUAGCAACGCAUACUGUUUUGGCAAAUGGAGGUCUUGUCGCCGCAGCCGGUGCGCACAUGAUCGCAAAGGCAGCAAAAGAGCACCAGACACCAGUAGUGGUAUUGAGUGGAGUUUACAAGCUCAGCCCGGUCUACCCAUUCGAUAUCGAUGAGCUCAUUGAGCACGGAGAUGCAGGUAGCGUGGUUCCAUAUGACGAUGGCGAAUUUGUGGACAAGAUUGACGUUGAGAAUCCGCUAUAUGAUUAUGUCCCAGCGGAUCUUGUAGAUCUCUACAUCACGAACCUGUAA